AAAAGCCCAUAUCUCUGUCUCUAACUUAUCUCUUGCCUUUUCUUUUAACAGUUUCUUCUUCCUCCAUUUUUGCUACUUCAAAACCUCCCAAAUUCUUGGCAGAGGACUCUGCUUUAAACACAGCUUCCUUUCUACAACAUUUUCCGUCUCUGUUGAUCUUCUACCCAACAUACCAUUUUCUUGCAGCUUCAACCGACAAAGAGAACUGAAAAAGAUUGAGUUAGGAUUCUUGCUUUUAGUUAAUAAUGAAUAGGCUCAGUUGUUCUGCUUCUCUGGAUUCUUUGAUCCCCAUCUGUCCCACUAGAGAAGAAAGGGUGGGAAAGGGGAAGCAAUUCUACAGCAGGGAGUUCCAGGCAAUGUUGGACAGUUUGGAAGAAGAAGAUAAUCUAGAAAAAGCUAGCCAUGCAGGAGAGAAGAAACGAAGACUAACCCCUGAUCAAGUUAAGGCUUUGGAGAAGAAUUUCGAGCGUGAAAACAAGCUGGAGCCAGAGAGGAAGGUGAAAUUGGCGGCUGAAUUAGAUCUGCAGCCUCGCCAGGUAGCUAUCUGGUUCCAGAACCGCCGUGCACGGUGGAAGACUAAACUAUUGGAGAGAGACUACAACCUCCUUAAAGCUAAUUACGAUGCUCUUCAGCAUGAUUUUAACAAUCUUGAACAAGAAAAAGAAACCUUAACUACAAAGUUAGAAGAGUUGAAGGCUAAGCUCAAGGAAGAGGAAGAAGUGUCUCUGAACAUUUCACAGCAGAAUCAUCAGCUCAUGGCUUCAUCAUCAUCAACAACAGCAGUUUCUUCUUCUUUCUACUGCCAUGGCAGUUCCUCAUCUUCAGAUUCAUCAAGGCAUUGGUUCAAGUCCCUUGACUCGAGAAUGAUUUUGGGUAACACGAACAAUCCCCAGUUUAUGAAAGGAGAAGAACAAGGUACUCUGUUUUCUACAGAGGAUUCAUGCAAUAUUUUCUCCAUUGAUCAAGCUCCAACCCUUCAGUCAUACUUUGCUGCUGGAAAUUGGAAUUAAUACCAGUCCCAAAAGUUUAAAGUCUUGCCACAUGAAUAAAAUAGCUUGUAAUUUGGCUGUCAUGAGAGGAAAAAGGUGUAGUUCUUCAUUAAAUUAUGUUUUAAAAUCAUAAUAAAGUUAUCUACUUACA